AUGUUUAUCAACAAGGUGCUUAUCACAAUUGGUUUGUGUUUACAAGUUUGUCUAGCUUCAAAAAUAGACGGUGUCACUAAACUUAAUUUCAAUAUCAAUGCAAAAGAUGCUGAUUUCAAUCAUCCACAUGUUAAAAGGUUAUUGAAAAGGGCUGAAGGUGGUGGUGGUGGUAAUGAUACUUCACCAGUUGUGCUUCAAAAUAUGUUGACAUUUUUUUCCAUAAAUGCAACUUUUGGUACUCCAGAACAAGAAUUUCAAUUGGUAUUAGGGACUGGUACUUCAGAUACUUGGGUUUUGAAGAAGGGAAAUCCAUAUUGCUCAUCAUCAACUAGAAACAAUAAAAGAGCCAUUGAAGAUAUAAAUUUUCAAAAAAGAGCAGAAUCUGAUUCAAGUUCAUUUCCUUCUGCAAGUCGUGCUGCUGGUUUUGCUUCAGGUACAAGAACAUCAACUGGAAGUGCUUAUGUUCCUUAUGCAUCUGCUACAUAUGAUUGUAUUUAUGGAUCUUUUGAUGAAGAUGCAUCUGAAUCCCUCAAAAAAAAUAGUUCUGCUCCUCCUUUACAAAUUGGUUAUACCGAAGGAUCUACUGCAAAUGGUGAAUGGGUCACUGAUAAAUUGAAAAUUAGUGAUUUUGAACUAGACAAUUUUUCUUUUGGUAUUGCUUCACAAGCAAAUCUUGAUGGUGGUGUCUUGGGUCUUGGUUUUGAGGAAGCUGAAAGUACAAAUAGAAGAUUAGACGGUGGUGAUAAUUAUACAUAUCAGAACUUUCCAUCAAGGCUAAAGAAUGAUGGGUUAAUCAAAAAGACGGUUUACUCAUUAUAUGCAGAUUCUUUUAAUUCAUCUACUGGGUCAAUUUUAUUUGGUGGUAUUGAUCAUGCUAAAUAUAACGGUGAUUUGGUAACAUUGCCAUUGGUAAACCCAUAUGAAGACUACGGUAUUGAUACAGUUUCAUACUUUGUUGUUACUAUAACGGGUGUUGGUACUGAUGUUGAAGGGAAUCAAACAACUUUUUCAACAACAGCAUAUCCGGCUACUAUUGAUGCUGGUACAACAAUGACUUAUUUGCCACCAAGAUUUGUGGAUGAGGUUAUUGAGGCGCUUGGUGCUUCUUAUUCAGCUUAUUAUGGAUUUUACACAAUGACUUGUCCAACUUUAGAAGAAUCUUUGUCAAGAUUUUUGGUAUUUGAUUUCCAAGGUAAAAAAAUAAGUGUGCCAUUAUACCAGUUGAUUAGAGUUAAGAUUGGUACACUUUGUGUUUUGGGUGUUACAGAUAGUUAUGAUAAUUCAAUCACUUUAGGUUCAAGUUUUUUAAGAUCUGCAUAUGUCGUUUUUGAUCUUGAAGAUAAAGAAGUUUCAAUUGCACAAAUCAAAUAUACUGAGGAUGAAAAGAUUGAAGUUGUUGAAAGUUCUAUUCCAUCUGCAAUCAAAGCUCCAGAAUAUUCAUCUUCUUGGAGUACUGAUAUAUAUCCAACUACAACUGGUGAAUUAUUUGAAUCUGGUGAAGAUGUUACUUCAAACGUUGAUGUUUUUGGUUAUACUGGUGGUAUCUUGGAAGGGUCAAUAACUUUACGCUCUACAGGAAGAUCAAGCUCAACUAGUGGUGGUUAUUCUCGAAGUUCAGGAUUUGCUUCUUCUGUAUCAGGUACAAUUAGAAGAACUUCAACUUCAAAUACUGAAAUUGCAAGAUCAACUGAUAGCUCCACUUCUGGGUCAAACUCUGGAUCUUCUGGUAGCUAUGAUACUUUCAAGAACAAAAUUUGGCUCUACUUAUCAUCAAUGAUGGUUCUUACCGCACUGGUUGUCGUUUUGUGA